AUGAUUCCAAAAAUUCAAGAGCGUACACUUCGAAGUUCUCGUAUUAACCCUUACGGAUUAUUGUCUUCUGAAAUUAAAAUUAAAACGGAACCAGCAGAAGUAAACGAAGCAAGCCUUACAGAAAAUGUGAAAAAACCUUUACCUGAUUAUCUAGAACCGGAUUUAGAUGUGGUGUUUGUAGGUUUAAUUUCUGGAAACAACGCUUCAGUAAAACAUCAUUAUUACUCUCAUCCUAGUAAUAUUUUCUAUUUGGCCCUUCACCAAUCAGGUUUUACACCAGUUCAAAUUUCUCCGGAAGAGGAUUACACUCUUCCGGAGAGGUUUAAGAUCGGUUUAUGCAACCUAAUACGAAGUACAGAGAACCAUUCAUCUUGCAUAUCUCGUGAAAUGAUGGAUAAAGGGUUGAUUGAAUUAUGGGAGAAGAUGGCCAAGAUUAAACCAAAGUUUAUCUGUUUGAAUGGUAAAAUUAUGUACAACCAACUAGUUAAAUCAUAUAAUAGUAAAGAUGAUUAUGGUCUAAUUGAUUAUAAAAUUCCCAAUAAUCAAUUAUUAAAUACAAAAUUAUUUUACGUAACAUCAACAGCUGGCACAGCAACCAACUUAAAAAAAGAGGAAAAAAUUAAUCAAUUUAAGGAAUUAAAAAAAUUAGUGGGACAAGAAAAGAUUGGCAUUGAUAAAAUGGUGGAUAAAGAAUUUGUUAAAAUCAAAGCAGAAAAAUGUUAG